UAAACGCGCAUGCGCAUUGAAAUCCGCAAACUUACCAACUUCCCUCGCUGGAAAAGUUAUUGUGCCUGGUUCAGGGGAAUCUUAUGGCCAUAAAAUGAGGCUUCACCUCCGCGGCUGCAGGCCCAUCAGUCCUCGGCGGGCGUACGUCAUCGUCAUCCCGCUGCUUCUGCUGCUGGUGGUCGGUGCAGCCUUAACUUCUUUACUCCCCUCCCCUGAAGAUGGCGUCCUCGGUGUCCUCCGUCGCCGGGCCAACAUCUCACGGGUCAUCCAGCCUGAGCGGUCCGACUCGUUCACCAUCAUCAUGCAGACGUUCAACCGCACCGACCUGCUGCUGAAGCUGCUGAACCAUUACCAGGCUGUUCCUCAUCUGCACCGGCUCAUUAUCGUCUGGAACAACGUCGCAGAGCCACCACCGAUCAAGCUGUGGGACUCUCUGGGGCCUCAUCCUGUCCCAGUGGUCUUCAAGGAGCAGAGUAGUAACCGGAUGCGCAACCGGCUGCAGCCUUUCGCUGAGAUAGAGACUGAUGCUGUGUUGAUGCUGGAUGAUGAUACACUUGUCAGCGCUCCUGAUGUCAGCUUUGCUUUCUCCGUCUGGAAGCAAUUCGCAGACCAGAUUGUGGGUUUCGUACCGAGGAAGCACGUGACCACAGCCUCUGGUGUGUACAGCUACGGCAGCUUUGAACUGCAGGAUCCUGACGUGGGUGGUGGAGACAGGUACUCCAUGGUGCUGGUGGGCGCUGCCUUCUUCCACCGCCGCUUCCUUGAGCUGUUCCAGACGCAGCCGGCCGAAAUGCAUGCCCUGCUGGACGAGACGCAGAACUGCGACGAUAUCGCCAUGAACUUUAUGGUGGCGCGGGAGCUGUCUGGUCUCAGGCGGCCGUCGGGGGUGUUUGUGAAGCCCGUGGACAUGAGGAACCUGGAGAAAGAGGCCAGCAGCGGGUACGUGGGCAUGUGGCACCGGGCGGAACACCUGCUCCAGCGAUCGCACUGCCUGAACAGACUGGCGCGGAUCUAUGGAGGAAUGCCGCUCCACUACUCCAACAUCAUGAUCUCACAGUUUGGCUUCCCCAGUUAUGGCAACCACAAGAGCAGGAGCUGAUAUCCUGGGCAGAUUUUUAGAUAGGAGGAGCUUCUUCAGGAACUUCUACCUUUCUCUACACAGAACAUUUUCAGAACAAUUAGGGCUGUCCAGAUUUGAGUUGUAAGCUCAGUACUGCAGUGUUUUGAUAGAUCUCUACCGAUUGUGUUAUACCACACAAUUCAGUUCACAUAUUCAGUACAGAGAAACAAAGAUUUUACCAUUUUCAUAUAAAGACUCAGAACAUGUCUAGGUUCUCUGGUGGUUUUGGAUAGUAAAUAAAAUGGCAAUAUUUGUGUUGUG